GGACCUUACAAAAGGCAACAACCAUGGGGCUUGCAGAUGAGAUUUUGAAAUACUAAUGUAACCCAAGGUGCCUGCUACUGUGUCCAGCAGCAGAAAGGUCAGCGGAGCAGCCACUCCUGGUCCGCAGACAGAGGAGGCCAGAACCUGCAAGCUGUCAAGGUGAAGAACUUGGGUGAGAACUGAAGUUCCUUGAGUCCCCAUCGCCAAGCUCCUGCCUGAGGUCACAUAUCACAGCCAUCAUGUCUGCAUCUUCAAAGCCUUACCAACUUGAGGAAGACCGCGAGGACCAAAGCACCAUAGAGGAGAUUUCUGCUGCUGGAAUGCUGGAUCCUCCUCAGUGUCCUGAGAGAGGCUCCCUUCCCUCCAACGCCGUGGCUGCCUCCCCAUUGAGCGAAUCCCAUCUGGGCUCCAGCAGUGAAGAAGGGCAAGGUUCAUUCCCCUUGUUGGCCUUGCCUGAGACUACGUCCUUGGGUAGUGAUGUCUUAGAUGAUAAGGUGGCUGAAUUGAUGGAGUUCCUGUCCCUUAAGUACCUACUUAAGGAGCCAACCACCAGAGCAGAAAUGCAGAUGAUUGUUACCAAAGAUUAUGAGGAGCACUUCCCUGUGAUAUUUGGGGAAGCUUCUAAGUGUAUGCAGCUGGUCUUUGGCAUUGAUAUAGAGGAAGUGGGCCCUAACAGCCACUUCUAUGUUCUUACUCCUUCUCUUGGCCUCACCUAUGAUGGGAUGGUGAAUGAUGAACAGAACCACCCCAGGACCAUCGUCCUGAUAAUCAUCCUGAGUGUCAUAUUUAUUCAGGGCAACCGUGCCAGAGAGGAAGCCAUCUGGGAAGUGCUGAGUGGCAUGGGGUUGUAUCCUGGGAGUGAGCACUGCAUAUAUGGGGAGCCCAGGAAAUUCCUCACCGAGGAUUUGGUGCAGGAACAGUAUGUAGCAUGUGUAGAGGUGCCAAACAGUGAUCCUCCUCAGUAUGAGUUCUUAUGGGGUCCAAGGGCCCAUGCUGAAACCAGUGUGGAAGAAGUCCUGGAAUUUUUGGGCAAGCUGAAAGAUAGCAAACUUAGGAUCUUGCCCGACUGUCAGGAGGAGUGUUCAGAAGAUGAAGAGGGAGUCCCAGAGUUAGUUCCAAAAGAAGAGUGAUGACUAGGGCCAAGGCCAGGGACAGGGCACAUACCAAGGC